UAACGGCCAUUUCCCAGAGGAUGAAGAAGAAGAAGAGGAAUGGUCCCCUUUGUAGCUAAUGGCCAUUCUCCGUGGGUCGAAGAAGAAGAAGAAGAAGAAUGGUGACGAAGCAAAUUCUCCUGCAGCGUCCCGACUGACAACGAACUAUCUCUAUGAUGACAAAGGCUGAUGGCCAAGGCAUCGUCGACCUGAAGGCUCUGAGCAACCUUCUGGGAUGGCUAUGCGUCCCUGCACGGGGAUUCUCUCGUCAGUUCUUGAUCACCCUGUGUGUUGGAAUGACCUUCGGCUUCGGCUUUGCCUGUCUUCGGUGGAGAGCCCUGGACGAGCCCCGCUUCUGGAUGAGAAACACUUUGGCGUGGAUGUCGGGACCCCCGAGGCUGCGGCAGCUCUUCCAUGGCGCGGGACCUGGCGUGGACAGCGACAACGAGAGUGGCCCGGAUAAACCGUUGGCGUUAUACGGGACGGACGAGAAGUUCCACCAUGAAGACGACGACCGCGUGGCACAGAUACUUAAGAAACGAGUGCGUCUCCUGUGUUGGGUGAUGACCACCCCAGCUAACCACGCCACGAGGGCAAAACACGUGAAAGCCACGUGGGGUCGCCGCUGCAACGUGCUCCUUUUCAUGAGUUCCCAGUGGGAUCCCGGGCUACCGGCGAUCGCCUUGCCCGUCAACGAAUCUCGAUCUUAUCUCUGGGGGAAGACCAAGGCCGCUUUCACGGAGGUGUACAACAACUAUCUGAACGAAUCAGACUGGUUCCUCAAAGCUGACGACGACACCUACGUCAUAGUCGAAAAUCUCAGGUACUUCCUCCUGGACAAGAACUCCUCUGAACCCAUCUACUACGGCUGCCGUUUCAAGCCGUACGUGAAGCAGGGCUACAUGAGCGGAGGGGCAGGCUAUGUCCUCAGCCGAGAAGCAGUCAAGCGAUUUGUAGAGCAGGCCCUUCAAGAUCCUUCCAAGUGCCGCCAAGAACAGGACAGCGCAGAGGAUGUGGAGAUGGGGCAAUGCCUGGAAGAAGUGGGUGUCCAGGCUGGGGACUCCCGGGACAUUCUAGGGAAAGGAAGGUUCUUUCCACUGAUGCCAGAGUGUCAUCUUAUCCCUGGUGAACUGGACAGAGAUUCCUGGCUGUGGAGGUGGGUCUACUACCCCAUUGAAGAGGGAAUGAACUGCUGCAGUGAUACAACAAUUUCAUUCCACUACAUCGGCCCAGAUCUGAUGUAUGUCAUGGAAUACCUCAUCUACCACCUUAGGUCAUAUGGAAUAUUCUCCAAGGUGCAUUGCAGAGAAGACAAUAGUGCAUCGAACAACACUACCUUCGCUGCUGUGUAAUUGUGUGCCGCGUCAACGGUGACGCCUUUGCAUACAGGUCACUCAAUAAGCCACUCGUGACUUGAGGCAUCCCCUGUCAAAAUAGUCAAAUAAAGUACCAGAAAAGUGAUGAACACUGAGAAGCACUGAAGUUAAGCUCGCCUGUGUAUUUGGUGCAAGUGGAAGGGGUGCAGCAUCACAUAGUGUGGCCAUUCUUGUGCACCCCCCCCCCCCCGUCGAUCAGAGCGAACAUUGUUACGUUUGUUAUGUUUAAUUU